GUAAAGAUGGCGCUGUCCGUGAGAUGUACCGUGAAAUCUGUCUUUCGUUUUACUCACAAGAGUAAUUCGCAUAGAAGAUUAUUUAAAGCUGGGAAAGCGAUGGGAACGACGAACUAUAAAGUGUGGUGAAAGGCAGUGUUGGGAUUGGCAUGCAGACAUGGGUGUCUCUGCCAGGAUGUUCAACCCUCAUACGGACACCUUGGCAAAUGAAUAGCCGUUGGCUAAGCCUUCAUAAAGGACAGGUUUUCUCAGGAAUCCAGCCCACAGGUGUUCCUCACUUGGGGAACUAUCUGGGAGCUCUAGAGAGCUGGGUGGCUCUGCAGGACGAGUACAGUGCAGUCAUUUACAGCAUCGUAGACCUUCAUUCCAUCACCCAGCCUCAGGACCCUCAGAUGCUCCGAGACAACAUCCUGGACAUGGCCGCCAGUCUGUUGGCCUGUGGCAUAGACCCGACUCACUCCAUCCUUUUCCAGCAGUCUCAAGUCUCAGAACAUGCUGAGCUCUCAUGGAUCCUAGGCUGCCUUACCAGCAUGCCUCGUUUACGGCACCUGCCUCAAUGGAAGAUGAAGAGCAAGCAGAAGAAUGAAGGCAGUGUGGGGCUUUAUACGUAUCCAGUGUUACAAGCAGCAGACAUUCUGCUCUACAAAUCCACACAUGUGCCAGUAGGGGAGGACCAGAUCCAGCAUUUGGAGCUGGCCCAGGACUUGGCCCGCAUCUUUAACAGCCAGUAUGGACAGUUCUUCCCAGAGCCUUGUGCCCUGCUCAGUGGCACUCGAAAGGUGAAAUCUCUGAGGGAUCCAUCUUCCAAGAUGUCCAAGUCAGACCCCCAAAAGUUAGCUACAGUCUUCCUGACCGAUACGCCUGAUGACAUUGUACUUAAGAUUCGCAGAGCUGUGACUGACUUCACUUCUGAAGUGACUUAUGAACCUGAGAGUCGGCCAGGUGUAUCAAACCUAGUCUCCAUGCAUGCAGCUGUGUCUGGACAGAGCGUGGAGGAGGUGGUCAGGCUGGCUGAAGGUAUGGACACUGGACAAUACAAGACUGUGGUGGCCGAGGCUAUUGUACAGAAGCUCCAACCCAUUCGGCUGGAGAUCCAAAGACUGAGGGCUGACAGAGGCCAUCUUGAGAGUCUGUUAGCCAAAGGAGCAGAGAGAGCUCGCAGCCUCGCAGCUCCUGUGAUGACGGAAGUCAGAAAAAUGCUGGGCUUCUAUUAAGGAUUUAUAAACUGAAAUGCAAUGAACUUUUGUCCCCUUUCUAGCUAAGCAAAAAUAAAUCAUUUUAUUUUUUA